AUGGGGAAGAAGAUUUGGGUCAUUGGAGUGUGUUCUUGUGUCUUGCCACUCCUAUUUACCAUAUGUGCUGCUUUGAUUCUACGACAAAUUUUGUCCCCGAAAACCGAACUCUACAAGUCCUUAUUUUUCAUUGCAGCAUUCUCAUCAACUGGCUCCUUUCAAGUCACCGCAAGUGUUUUGGAAGACUUCAAGCUCCUAAAUUCAGAGGUUGGUCGAUUGGCAAUCCCUUCAUCUAUGGUAAAUGGAUUAAUCUGUUCAGUGUGGCAGGGAAUUCUAGUCUCACAUCAACAAAGAACUAUAUCGAAAGAAAAAAAAAACUCUUCCAAAAUGUCGACCCUUUUGUUGAUUCUUAUGGUGAUUAUCAUUUUAUGUGUUUUUCGACCUAUCAUGUUAUGGAUGAUACGCAAGACACCCAAAGGGAAGCCAGUUAGAGAGUCCUUCAUAGUUUCCAUCUAUCUUAUGGUGUUAGUGUGUGCCUUAUUUGGUGAGUUGAUUGGGGAGCACUACAUAGUUGGGCCUAUGAUUUUGGGCUUAGCAGUGCCAGAAGGCCCACCACUUGGAUCAACAUUGGUAGAAAGGUUAGAUACCUUGACCUCAACAGUGCUUAUGCCAUUAUUCUUCUUCUCCAGUAGUGCCAGAUUCAAUUUCCAUCUAGUCGAUUUCUAUGGUUUGGCAAUUGUGCAACCAGUGGCCAUACUUGGUUUCUUUGGGAAGCUGCUAGGAGCCAUGUUACCCUCACUCUAUUGCAAGUUGCCACUCACCGAUGCUCUCAUCUUAGGUCUCAUCAUGAGUUCCCAAGGCCUCACUCAGUUGCUUCACUUGCAAAGUUUACAACUCUUUCAUAUUAUAGAUGAUCGAACAUACGCUCAAAUGUUGAUAGCUUUAAUAUGGUUGACAGCAGCUUCCAAUCCCGUAGUGAGAUUUCUGUAUGACCCAUCUAAAAGUUACUUGUCCUUAACUAGUAGGAAGACCAUUGAGCAUGCUCCUCCCAAUACCGUGCUUCCCUUGAUGGCAUGCAUACACUCGGAAGAAAACACCCUGCCUAUGAUGAAUUUUCUAGAAAUGUCAAACUCCACAAAUGAGAACCCCAUUUACUUCCAUGUUCUACACCUCCUUGAGCUAAAAGGCAGAACAAUCCCAGUUUUAAUAGAUCAUCAACCCAACAACAAGGAUACUUUGCAUUCUAAAGAUUCACAGAGCAUAAUAAAUGCCUUCAAAUCAUACGAGCAACAGAACAAGGGCAACGUGAUGGUGACACUCUACACAUCCAUUUCCCCUUAUGAGACAAUGCACAAUGAGAUAUGCAUGCAGGCCGCACAAAAAAGAGUGUGCAUGUUGAUUGUGCCAUUUCACAGGCAAUGGAGAGCAAAUCAGGCCAUGGAAUCAACAUUCGCCAUUAGAGCAUUGAACCGCCAUUUGCUCCGAACAGCACCAUGCUCCGUUGGAAUCCUAGUUGAGCGUGGAUACUUGACCGGGAACAACCCUUUAACUUCUGUGUCCUUCUAUAGUGUUGGAAUUGUGUUUAUAGAAGGGCCAGAUGACCGUGAAGCCUUGGCAUAUGCAAUGCGCAUGGCUGAUCACCCGAAUGUAAAGGUCACAGUGAUUCGGUUAAUGGAGCCUCGCAAGAAGAGUAGACAGUUGAUGAAUAGAGACCCUGAUGGUGACUUGAUUCACAAGUUUAAGGUUGACUACAUCCAAAUCAAACGCCAUGAUUACAGAGAGGAAGUUUUGAGAAAUAGUGUGGAAAUGGUCAAUAUCAUAAGGUCACUCGAAGGUUGCUAUGAUUUGAUUUUGGUGGGUAGGCGCCAUGAAAGCGAGUCUCCAUUGUAUAGUGGAUUAACAGACUGGAAUGAGUACCCGGAACUUGGUUUUUUAGCAGACAUGUUAGUGUCUUCGGAUUCAUCUUUUGAUGGGUCUGUGUUGGUGGUGCAGCAACAAAAUAGGUUAGGGGUUGUUCAUCAUGAUUUGCACAUAGACAGCUCCUUCAUUUCCAAGAACGAAACCGUAAUUGUUGCGGAUGUGGACCCUAAUACAAGGGUGUGGCCAGUAGUUUAACCAUUGAACAGAUCAGAAGAUCAGAAGUACUGUACUUAUAUAGUUUACACUUGUUUUGUCAAUGAACUUGUAAAUAUAGGCAUAUAUUUAAAAUUAAGGAAACAUAUUCCUUUUGUUAUUGAAUUUGCCUUGCUGUUGGAUAGCUU